AUUUUCAAUCCGAGAGGGCAAAAGUCGAAGCUUCUUUUAGCGGAGCUACGCCGCCUGCCUCACCGGUUGUUCCCCCAUGAGCGGUAGCGUGGAGGUGCAGCGGCGAUUCGAUCACGCCGGCAUGGGAGAGGAAGCGACGAGGAGGCGGAGGCGCGGAGGGGAGGAGGAUGACGAAGAGGAGGAGGACGAGGAUGAGAGGGGGAUGGAGGCGUGGGAGCGGGCGUACGCUGACGAGCGAUCGUGGGAGGAUCUGCAGGAGGACGAGUCUGGUCUCCUACGCCCCAUCGACACCAAGACCCUCGUCCACGCCCAGUACCGCCGUCGCCUCCUACAGAAGUCUGCCGCCUCCGCCGCGUCCAGGAUCCAGAAGGGCCUCAUCCGAUACCUCUACCUUGUCGUCGACCUCUCUCGGGCAGCUUCAGAGACAGAUUAUCGCCCUAGUCGAAUGGUUGCAGUUGCCAAAUGUGCAGAGGCUUUUAUUAGGGAGUUCUUCGAUCAGAAUCCAUUAUCUCAUAUUGGUCUUGUGACCAUAAAAGAUGGUGUCGCUCAUCGACUCACAGACAUAGGAGGCAGCCCGGAAUCGCAGAUUAAAGCUCUAAUGGGCAAACUUGAAUGCUCAGGCGAUGCUUCUUUGCAAAAUGCAUUAGAGCUUAUCCAUGGAUAUCUGAGCCAAAUCCCAUCUUAUGGUCACCGUGAAGUCUUAAUCUUGUACUCUGCUCGCAAUACAUGUGAUCCAGGGGAUAUAAUGGAAACGAUAAAAAAUUGCAAGAACGCUAAAAUUAGAUGUUCUGUAAUUGGCCUAUCAGCAGAAAUUUUCAUAUGUAAACAUCUGUGCGAAGAAACUGGGGGUUCCUAUACCGUGGCAUUGGAUGAGUCCCAUUUUAAGGAGUUGCUAUUGGAACAUGCACCACCGCCUCCAGCAAUAGCAGAAUAUGCAGCUGCUAAUUUGAUCAAGAUGGGUUUUCCUCAAAGAGGAGCAGAGGGUGUUAUUGCUAUAUGUUCUUGUCACAAAGACGUAAAGAUUGGUGGGGGUUACACCUGCCCAAGAUGUAAAGCACGUGUCUGUGAACUACCAGCUGAAUGUCGAAUUUGUGGCUUGACCUUGGUCUCUUCUCCUCAUCUAGCGAGAUCUUAUCAUCAUCUUUUCCCAGUGACACCAUUUAAUGAGGUGUCAUCUGUUGUUCCAUUUAAACUUAGUCAGAAGUUAGCACAAACUUGUUAUGGAUGCCAACAGAGCCUUCUCAGCCAUGGAAGCAAACCCGCUCCCCAUGUGUCCUGUCCAAAAUGCAACCAACGUUUCUGCCUUGACUGUGAUAUUUAUAUCCAUGAGAGUUUGCACAACUGUCCAGGUUGUGAGAGUCAUCGCAGCUCAACUACGUGACUGUUACAGAUUGCAUCUCCAGAGUGCAUCGAAGUUUGCAAUUCUUGGCACACAGGUUGGCCUGCCAAUCUGGGCACAGUGCUUUAUGCUUGAAUGGAGCCAUACCUAAAUGUGACUUUGUGUUUAGUGCUCCUACAUGCUUACAACAGCUUGCAAAGACUUGCUCACAUGAGUAGAGGGGCCUCAUGAAUUCUAGUUUGCUUUAAGGUCUUA